AUGCCGGCUCCAGUGGCGAAAGGAAUCAUCAUCGGCGUCUCCGUCAUCGUAGCUGCUGGGAUUGCCGUGUACGAAAGCCCGCAGUUCCAACGAUGGGUGCAAAAUUCACGCCGCAAGAUCGCCUUGGCUCUGUAUAACCUAGGGGAUGAAAUCUCUCCAUCCGAAUCAUCGUCAGUCCUCCAAGAUAUAUCCAUGACCGAAGACCCCGGUGAAGCCGCAGCAGAACGACGCAACAAAGCUCGAGAAGAACUCCUGCGGCGCCGCGAGUUUAUGGAAACCCGUCGACGAACGCAAUCGAGUAGCAGCAGCAGCAGUACUACUGCCGUCAGCUUCGAUAGCUUGGUGGACCGGGAAGGCCGACUGCGGUCAGAAGCAGCAGAGCGCGACAACGAGGCUGUGAAUACUGCUAGUAGUAGCACUGCCCAGUCGACGGCAGUUGAAAAGGCCGAUGAAACAGAAAUGGUUCAACGCCGAGCUGUGCAGUCUUCAUCAUCAUUAUCAUCAUCGGAGCCUCUGACAGAGGGUCGUCUCCAGGCACAGCGGGAGUUGAUGGAGGCCAUGGAGCAGGAUCGUCUUCGUCUAGCAAUGCCUGCUUCUGAAGCCUCGUCGCAUCAUCCGUCAGAGUCAUUGGUUGAUCUCACGCCAACUUCUGAAUUUCCUGACACGGAUCUUGGUGCUUCUGCGGUUUCUUCUGCUCGUGGCGGCCAAAUGAACCAAUCCGAGUACUUUUCAAUCACGUCCGUUCCAGAGGCCCAAAACGAGGCAGAGACUCGGCCUUCUGAGUAUUACUAUGCUCACCCAAGUGAGCCUAGUGUCCAUUCUCCCGAGCCAUCGCACCCUGAAGAUCCGUUCCAGGAUUACAAUAUAUCGACUGCGUCAUCUGUGCCUGGCAGCCUGAGCCAUGUUCAAGAUGAAGUCUCUUCCGACGGCACCAUGAGCGAAUGGGACCAUGCUACUGACGGCGUGGCGACUCCUGCCAGCUGGUCGGAAGUUGGCAGCGUCGUCAGCAGCGAUGAUGGACAUCAUCAAUAA